AUGAACCUAACUGCGCUCAAAGCUUUCGUGGGCUUGCUCUGGAAUUGCUGGGUUCUGGUGGGUCACGCACAGGGAGGUUUAGGAGACAAUCAUGUCCAUUCGAGUUUUAUUUACAGGAGGCUGCGGAACCAUGAGAGAAGGGAGAUUCAGAGAGAGAUUCUCUCUAUCCUGGGUUUACCUCACAGACCCAGACCAUUUUCACCAGGAAAGCAGGCUUCUUCUGCACCCCUCUUCAUGCUGGACCUGUAUAAUGCCAUGACAAGUGAAGAGGAUACUGAGGAGCUGGAGUAUUCACUAAAGGGAUCACUGGAAGGGGAGAGCAGAGGGAUACGGAAAGGAUACCCUGCCUCUCCAAAUGGAUAUUCGCGGAGAAUGCAAUUAUCUCGCACGACCCCCCUGACCACACAGAAUCCUCCCUUAGCCAGCCUGCACGACACCAACUUUCUGAAUGAUGCUGACAUGGUCAUGAGCUUUGUCAAUUUAGUUGAAAGGGACAAAGACUUCUCCCACCAUCGAAGGCACUACAAAGAGUUUCGCUUUGACCUUACUCAAAUCCCGCAUGGAGAGGCAGUGACAGCAGCUGAAUUCCGAAUAUACAAAGACCGAAGCAACAGCCGUUUUGAGAACGAAUCAAUUCAGAUUAGCGUAUAUCAGAUCAUCAAGGAGUACCCAAACAGGGAUGCAGACUUGUUCCUGUUAGACACAAGAAAGGCUCAAGCUUCUGAUGUGGGCUGGUUUGUGUUUGACAUUACUGUGACCAGCAAUCACUGGGUGAUUAAUCCACAGAACAACCUGGGCUUGCAACUUUGCGCUGAAACUGGGGACGGUCGAAGUAUCAAUGUUAAAUCUGCUGGCCUGAUUGGAAGACAUGGGCCUCAGUCAAAGCAACCAUUCAUGGUUGCAUUCUUCAAGGCAAGUGAAGUGCUUUUCCGUUCUAUCCGAGCAGCCAACAAUAAAAGGAAGAAUCAGAACCGCAACAAAUCCAGCAGCCAUCAGGACUCUUCAAGGAUGCCAAGCAUUGGAG